AGUUAACUUGCUUUAUCUUUACUUUUGUAUUUGUGCUACUUUUGAGAUUACUUUCUUUCAUUCUUUUGUACAUAUCGUAUUUAUUUAUUUCUGUAGUGAUUUAAUCUGCGUAUAUAGUGUACUUAUUUGUGUAGUGGUGUAGUUGUGCAUUGACAUGACAGCCCCGACGUACGCGUAUGUCGAGUAUGAGGACGGAGGUAAGGCGAUCGUCUCCGUAAGCCUGAUCAAAGAUUACCAACCAAAUGAUGUGAACGACCUCGCCUGCAAUAAGCAAGUUUAUUGGCGACAGAGUGGAAAGGGCUACGAAGGCGAGGAAGGCUUCUACUCCGGAAACGUCAUGGUGUUGGGAUGCGACAAAGCUGACCUAAUUGCUAGGAUGACCAAACAGCAUAGGCCUGUGCCAAUGGAUGUGUUUGAGGAAACUGGCCAGGCAUAUCGCCACAGGCAGAAGCCAACCCUUCAGGAUGCAACAACAAAAUAAAAAAGGCGCCGCACUGAAGCUGCAAAAAAACUGAGGAUGGGCCGCAUAUUUCGGAAAAAAAUGGGACAAGGUUCCGACUCGGGCAGUGACGACGAGGAGUUAGUGCCGCGAAAACACCUGAAGAAAGCAGAAAGCAAGAUUUUGGCACUGCAAAACAAGCUGCGAAUUUCGGAGCAGCAACGACUUGAAGAGCGGCAGCGUAACGUCAAACUCCAAGAUUUGCUUGAAGAGAGGCUGAAUUCCAUGGAGGCCUCCAUUGUGCAGGCAGUGAAGGCAGGGCUUCAUGGAGCAAGGCUGCCUUCACAGGACAAUGUGUGCAGAGAGAAGACAUCACGGCAGGUGGCCAGUGUUCUGCAACCAGAACCUGCCAUGCUGCAUGAGGUGGAGUGA